AUGGUCUCUGUAAUCAUUUCUAUGGGUAGUAUAAUUGUAUGGAAUGUAUGUGGCUUAGGAGGGAGAGAAAAAAAGAGAUGUUUGAGGAAUCUUGGUAGAAAAUUUGAUCUUCAUAUCUUGGGUAUUUUGGAAACAAAAUUGGAAACUUUGAAUGAUUUCACUAUUACUGCUAUAUGGGGUCGUCAUCCUAGGGCUUGGUAUGCAGUUCCCUCAUUAGGCCUUUCGGGGGGAAUAUUAUGUAUAUGGAAUCCGGAUCUUUUUUGUGUCUCUAGCUGUUCUGUUGCUAUGAAUGGCCGUAUUUUGCAUAUUGAAGGCACCUUCACUCAGUCCAAUCUAGAUUGCCUAGUCUCUUUUGUAUAUGCUCUGAAUGGUGGGAACCUGAAGAAUGAGUUGUGGACUUAUCUUGUUACAUUCAAGGAUAGUGUUAGCAAGCCAUGGUGUCUUGCAGGUGAUUUUAACGAAACCUUAUUCCCGUCAGAUAGUAAAGGCGGCUCACAAAUAACAUCUUCCAUGACAAGAUUUAAAAAUUGCAUUGAUGGUUGUAAUCUUAUGGAGCUCCCCUUAAAUGGGAGAAAAUUUACAUGGUCUCGAGGUAAUGCGGCGAGCCGUAUUGAUAGAAUAUUUGUAUCGGGGGAUUGGUUGCAGACUUUCCCAUCAUCUACCUUAUUCGGUCUCUCAAAAUAUUCAUCUGAUCAUAGGCCUCUGCAUCUGUUACUAGACUCUACAAAUUGGGGCCUGAAACCUUUUCGCUUCAUGAAUUGCUGGUGGCUUGUGUCUGAUUUCAGGAAUAUGAUUCAGAGCUUUUGGAGUUCAAUCAUGGUUUCAAAAUCUGGCACAAGGAAAAUGGUCCCAGCUUUAAAGAUGUUGAAAGAGAGAUGUCGGCAAUGGAGUAAAGCUAAUGUGGGAAGCAUGAAUAACAGAAUUGCAGAACUGGAACUUGAAGCUGACUCAAUGGAUCGUAAAAAUGAGUGCAGGGUCUUGAGUGCUGAUGAACUGAUUAGAAGUAAUUCCAUUGCCUCCCGGCUCAAAAUCCUGUAUAAAGCUCAAGAGUCUGCCUGGCAUCAGAAGUCAAGAAUUCAGUGGUGUAAGCUUGGAGAUAAAAAUACUCGAUUCUUUCAUUUAGCUGCAACAACAAGACAUAAAAAGAAUCAGCUUGCAUGCCUGGAGGUUGAUGGUCAGAUCCUAUCUAAACCAAUUGAUGUGAAGCUAGCUGUCUUUAACUUUUUUCGCAACCUAUACUCCCACCAGAACAGACCUAGAGCUUCAUGUUCAAACCUGGAAUUCUCAAGGCUGAAGCCUUCAUCCUCGGCUGCUCUUGAAUUGCCUUUUUCUGCAGAUGAGAUUAAAACAGCUGUGUGGGAUUGUGAUGGAAAUAAAGCUCCAGGUCCUGAUGGUAUUAACUUCCUUUUCAUCAAGAAAGCAUGGAACAUUAUAGGUGAGGACAUUAUCUAG